AUGGCGAUAGAGCUUGCUGGCGCAGGUGUCGCAUCACUAACUGCUCUCCAAUUAGCAGCUCGAUGUGGAAACUAUGGCGAGGCAAGACUAUUAUUGCAGACAGGAGUUGAUGCAAACUUUGCCCCAAAGGGGACGGAAUAUCCAUUGGCAUAUGCAAUUGAGUCUGGCGAUGCAGAAACAGUGAAGGUAUUGCUAGCAUACGGAGCAAGUAUUCACCAAGCUUCGAAAAGGCAUGGGAAUGCAUUGAUUACAUCCAUCAAAAGGGGAGUGGAGGAGAUAUUCGACAUAUUUCUUGGAGAAUUUGAUCCCAACGUAACUGAUAAAGUGGGGACACCUGCCCUUUACUUUGCAGCCGUCGGCGGAUGCGAAGCCAUGGUGGAUAAAUUGAUACACCGCGGAGCGGACGUUCGUGCAUGCCAUAAUACAGUACUCUCCCCCAUUAUGGGUGCUGGUUUAGGUGGUAAUGGCAGGAUUGUGAAGACCGUUUUGCAGAAUAGUGCCCACACGGACCAUGCAGCUUUAUUUGCAGCCUCAUCUGUUGGAGAGAAUGAGUUAGUUGCUCAGUUUCUCCUUGGUGGCGCGGAUGUUGACCGGUGCAUAUUACCCUAUGAUCGCGAUCUACCCAUUCAUGCCGCUAUGCUUAGGGGCCAUGAAGCGACAGUUAAAAUGCUAUUAGCAGCUGGAGCAUCCAUUACCAGCCGAUAUUUCCCCAGCGUUUUCCUUGAAACAGCAUCCCGAAGGCAUUUUGGGGUUUCUAAGUUGGUUCUAGAUGAACAACUCACCAGUCCUAUUCGGCUAAGCCUAGGAACAAACCCUUUUUCGGACAGAAGUGACCAUAUACCGAUUGCUUUGCUAUUGGUAACUCUCAAAAUGGGAGCGAGAAAUGGAAAUACUCCUUUGGCCUGGGAAUUUGUCAAACCACAUGGCCAAGCCACCGUGGACUUCAUGGAAGACUUAAUUACUCGGGACACCAUACGCCUACCUAUUGACUCCCCCAAAUUUACCUUUAAGGCAGCUAUCAAAUCCCACAGCGAUACUCUACUUUCCUUCUUACUGGAUAGUUACGCAGCCAAUAUAUCCGCAGAUUUUCCCAACUUGAUAGAGCUGGCAGUCAUCGAUGGCAGGGUCUCUACGCUAGAGUUAUUAUUGAAGAGGGCCGCAGGAGAGGCAGAAUCAAAGACUUCUCGGUGGAAGCUGUGUCUCAGCCGGGCACUUUCAACAGCUCUUGAAUGGAAGAAAUACCAUAUGAUAGAACCCUUGGAGCGUUAUAAUACUUUCACUACAUGA